AUGGAUGGAAGUGGAGACAUUGUAGUACAGGUUCGCCAAGAUAAUGAACCGCGAAUGACAAAAAAGUCUCUGCGAAAAAUCUGCACGGACAACAACUUGUAUGUGACGCCGCAUUUAAAUGAUGUUUUGUAUCUACAUUACAAAGGCUUCAGUAAAAUAGAGAACCUAGAAGAAUACACUGGGCUGAAAUGUCUCUGGUCGCAAAAUAAUGACAUUGAGAAGAUUGAGAAUCUCGAAAAUCAAACAAAUUUGAAAAGUCUUUUUUUGCACUACAAUUUAAUUGAGAAAAUCGAAAAUUUGGAAGUGCUUCAGGAGUUAGAUACAGUGGAUCUGAGCCACAAUUCAAUCCGAAAAUUAGAAACUAUAGACGCUCUGCCAGUGCUUGACUCUCUGUACAUAACACAUAACAAGCUUCAAACAGUUGAAGACAUAGAAAUUCUGACAAAAUGUAAGCAGCUGAGUGUUUUGGACUUGUCUUUCAAUCAUUUGGACAGUCCCGACAUUGUUAAUGUGCUUGGUGCCAUGGAAAACCUUCGAGUUCUUACUCUGACUGGAAACCCUGUACUCAAACAGCUUUCUCCAUACAGAAAGUUAAUAAUAAUAAACUGCAAACAUUUAUUACAUCUAGAUGAACGCCCGGUAUUUGAUAAAGACAGAGCAUGCACAGAAGCAUGGUUUGCAGGUGGGGAGGAAGCAGAAAAGAAACUAAUGGAAAAAUUUAUACAAGAAGAUAGAGAUGUAUGCCUAAGAAGUGCUUUGGAACUUAUACAAAUGCGCGAUAGGAAAAUUGCAGAGAAGGCUGCACAACUAGCCGAUGACACACUACAGUGUGUUUCAUUACUGUUUUCAGAAUAUUCCCAGUUACCCUACACACCAUUACAAAUUACAUCCAGUCAUUCUAACGAUGUCAAAAGUAACUACACAAAUGCUGAGAAAACUGGGGAAAGUGUUCAAGACCUUGGAAAGCUAACAGUGCUAAAAAAGACUCAUGAUGCUGAGCCCUCACAACAUGCUGCCUCUGAGAACAACAGCUGUGAAUUUAUUUUGAAUGCUAUUACUGCUGGGGAUAAAAGCACCAAUGAAAGCCACAACAAAGAAACUGCACUGCUUAGAGAACAAGAAAAUCUUGAUAAUUUAGGACAAUGUGAAUUAGAAACAGAUAACGAUUUUUGUGGCCAGAAGGCCUCUGUACCCACUGAGCAGCAAAUGUUGUACAAUGCGUACAUAGACAACACAGUGGAAAAACAGGAGGAGAGUGACAGUGGUACUAGAGAACUUUACCUAGAGAACUUUACCUACGACAAUUGUGAAAAUGCAAUAGCCUGUGAUUGCAGAACGUCCUCAACUGAAAACAAUAGCUGCAAUAAAGAAAAAGAGCUUGCAUUGCAUGACAGAGAGAGAAUGGUGCUUGACAAGCAGAUGAAACCAGACUGUUUGAACACUGGGGUGCUGCAAAAUGAAGGUGAAAAGAGCCCCCAGUCUGACUGUUAUAACACAGAUUUAAUUCACAAAGCAGUUGCACCAACCUCUGAGGAAAAUCUGUUAAUAUACAAUGGGAAUAAAUUAACAGGUGUAGACAUGGCAGAACAAUUAUUAAGUCAACAGUCUGUAUACAACCCUCAACAAGAUAAUAUUGUAGAUGAUCAUGGUGAUGAUAGAACACUGGGUUUGGGGAACAGUAAAGAUGAAACUGUUGUGCUACAGAAACAAUAG